CCUCACUUUCACUUUCACAUUAGCAAGUGUCAACAGGAAGCAAAAAUAUAACCCACACAUUUCCUAGCGGAACACAGUAUAAGAGGUUGGUGGAAGUUCUGUACGAAUAUUAAAGUUGAUGACUUCAAGCAACGAAUGAAAUAUAGAGAUCCUAUUAGAAGAUCCUACUAUGAGUAAACCAAAGACAUUAAAUGAAUUGAAGCAUCUGAAAAAGUCUGGAUUUGGUCAACGUUAUCCAAGACACGGCCUCAAGCUGCUUUACUGGUUUGCUAAUGACUGUGUGUAUUUUGAUGACUACAAUAACAUGCGCUGGCAGUACGACCCAGAGGAAGGACAUUUUGAUUUCCACCUGUUCAGAAACAGAACUGAGAGAAACGGUGAGAAACUCCUGCCUGAUGUGGACCUUGACUACUACGAGGUGGGCAAUCUGAGCAGACCAGAAGCAGACGACCUGCCAGAUUACGUUCUGGAAGAUUACAACCAAAACCCUGAUCACUGUGAGAGCAACAUGGAGCGCAUCAUAUUCAGUGUUGAUGAUGAGUGUAUUGACAGAGUCUAUGUGACUGAGCACAUUGAUCAGGCAGAUUUCAACAAGGAAGCCACCUUCGGCAUCAGCAGGGGUCUGAUUACGAUCAUCAGGCAGCUGAGGACCUUAGAGGACUUCCUCAAAAAAACUGGAUAUUACACAGAUGAAGAGGACUCCGAUCAGGAACCUGAGUAUCGGACACCGCAAAAUGUCUUUGCUCCGGUUUUUCAAGGUGUGGUCAUUCAAUUGAGUGACCACCAGCAAGUGGACCGUCAUCUGAAUUCUGGAGGUUUAGGACCAGUCGUGGAAGAAGUCGAUGAAGAAUCUGAUUCCAGUUUUAUGAAUGACGAACCCAAUAACUGCUGCAAAUGUAUCAUACUUUAAACUCGGUUAUGAAUUAGAAAUAGUUAAACUCCAACAAAGUGUACAGGUAUUAAAUUAAACACAGUGAUUUCUGUUAGUUCUAAGAAAAUCUACAAUUUAUCUCAUCCCUUGUUCUGUCUGUAACCAUCAGUGGUUUAUGUAGUAAGUCCAUGCUGUGACACAGUGUUAGGCAGCAGGGACGAACACAAGGCCAGGUCCUUAUGCCUUAUGAAGAAUGUUCACGACCAAAAAUGAAUGAAUCCUGCAGACACACUGCUAAUGUACUGUACCUUCAAUUCCAUUCCAAAGUGAAAUAUUAAUUUUUUUUUCAUUGUUGUUAAAAUUGUUUUGUGAAUAUUUUUUACAAUUGAAAUCAGUUUUAUUAUAUAACUUACUCUCUAUCUCUCUCUUUAAUUCAUAGAUCAUUAUAUCAACACAACAAAAACAAUCAUUAA